AGGUCACGGAGCCAAGUUUAACGCAUGAUGCUCACAUACGAUCGGUUUACAGCGGAUUUUAGAGAAGAGGUUAUUAUUGAGAUGCUACAAGAGAUGGGACUACUAAGCAGUUCUUGUACGUGUGACUGCGGUUAUCAAAUGACUGCAGUAAAGUGUGCAGACCACUGCGGUGAGAUUAUAUUCCGUUGUCCUUCAUGUUGGAGGAAAAAGUCUGCUAGACCGGGGACUUUCUUUGCUCGAUCGCGAUUGAAAUUAAGACAGGUCAUGAUGAUAGUUUCGAAUCGGGUAAUAAAGACACCAGUAACAUUGUCUGCGGCAUUUGCAGAUGUUAGUGAAACCUCAGCAGUCCAGUGGUAUGAGUACUGUCGUAGCAUAUGCACAACUAAAACGACAAGUAUACACCAAUCAUUUGGAGGAGUAGGAUGUAUCGUGGAGAUAGAUGAAACGGUAGUGAGAAAGAUAAAAUACAACAGGAGGCGUAGUGUAAAGGAAGAUUGGGUAUUUGGGAUUUAUGAAAGAUCAACUCGAAAGGGACAUUUUCAGAUGGUCACAAACCGGCAAGUAAUCACAAUAAUACCAAUAAUACAGGAAUACGUGAUGCCGGGUACUACGAUAUAUAUGGAUGACUGGAGAGCAUAUAGAUGUCUUCAAAGACUUGGAUAUGUCCAUCACGUUGUAGUCCACAAACGUCAUUUCGUUGACCCUACAACCGGGGUUCAUACUAAUAACAUUGAAGCGAUGUGGUCAAGAUUGAAGGAGUUUUCAAGACCAUAUCACGGCUCCAAAGGUCGACUAUUAUGGAGCCAUAUGGAUAAGUUCUUAUACCGUAUGCAAUAUGAUUUCAAAACAUCUGAAUCUUUAUCAAAUCUUAGCAAGUUUUUAAAUCAUAUAAAAGAAGUAUAUCCACUGUAAUUCUUUAGUUUCUUCUAAUAUAUUUUUACUUUAUACUAACUGUUUUCUGAUUAGCUAAUAUUCUCUAGGUCAUUUAAAAUUCGUUCAAAAGUCGCAUCUAAAUUAGAGUCUCGCCAAAAAUCCUAUUCACGUCGACUUUCCUUCAGUACAAUCGCAUGACAGGACUUAUGCACUUAUAAUACCUCAACAGAAAGCCUAAACACACGUCGAUACCUCGACGGUAUCAGAAAAUAAACUUAAAACAACGCGUUCUGGGAGAAGAGUAAUAUUUCCAGAACAUUUGAACGAUUACUGCACAAAAAAUAAUAAUCCGAAUGUUUUGACCUUAUCAACUUUAUUUUGAAAAAAGAUUUAUAUCCAAAAAGUUUUUUCUUUCUUUUUUUCUCUUUCGUCUUUUUUUCAUUUUUGUUCUGGAUUUAUUUCUUAAAAGUGUCCUCCUAUCUUAUUAUUUUCUUUUGUUUAUAUUUUUGUUUCAAU